AUGUGCUCCCUCGAUUGCACUCCUGGUGACCCGCUCGCAAUCCCAGUCAAAAACCCUCCUCGUUUGGGUGAGUCUCACAUCGCCUUCCAGAUGUUUACGUGGGUGGCCACCUGCUGCUGCCAAGACAACCGCAGUGUCACAGGCAUGCAGACCCUGACGCGGGAGACGUGUUCUACUGCACGGAGUCCCCCGCCUCCUAGUGUGAUGAUAAAGCCGGGUAAAAGUGCUACACUGACCACCGACCAGACUGGUUUGCCGCGGCCCGCGGAGCAGUACCCGCUGAAGGCGCUGCUCAACGGCCGCGGGUUCUGCGCCAACGCCAGCGCCGCCGGCAGCCUGAGCGCCUACCUGCCCUCCCAACCCGCUCCAGGAAAUGCCAGUGAGUCUGAGGAGGACCACGGUGCUGGGAGUGUGGAAAGCCAGGCUGUCCCCAGCACACACCGAGUGACCGAUUCCAAGUUCCAUCCUCUCCAUGCAAAGAUAGAUGUCAUCAAAAAAGGCCAUGCCAGGGACAGCCAGCGUUACAAAGUUGACUAUGAGUCACAGAGCACAGACACCCAGAACUUCUCCUCUGAGUCUAAGCGGGAGACAGAAUACGGUCCCUGCCGCAGAGAAAUGGAAGACACACUGAAUCAUCUGAAGUUCCUCAAUGUGUUGAGUCCCAGAGGUGUCCACAUCCCAAACUGUGACAAGAAGGGGUUUUAUAAGAAGAAGCAGUGCCGCCCAUCCAAAGGCAGAAAGCGGGGCUUCUGCUGGUGUGUGGACAAGUACGGACAGCCCUUGCCCGGCUACGACACCAAGGGGAAAGAUGACGUGCACUGCCUCAGUGUGCAGAGCCAAUAGAUGCCGCUGAGCCACUUGACGUGGAGAACAAAUACGCCUUAUUUUGCACAAAAGACUGCCACCAACAUGAUCAGCAGCUGGCUACAGCCUUGAUUUUUAUUUCUUUUUUUGUGGUGAACUGAUUUAAAAAAAAAAACAAACAGAAAAACCAAAGUUUAGACAGAUUUUUUGAAAUGCCUCUGGUUGUUUAAGUUGUAAACUUGAUCGUCUUUCUGUUCUCCGGUAGUCAACAGACAGCAGUUUGAAUUUUCCUGUUGCUUCCUAUGAAAACACUUGUGCUCCGGGCCCCGGAUGCCCUCUUCCCCUAACCCACCCAGUACGGGCUGCAGUGCUGCUGGCCCUUGGCCUGCUUGACGUCAGAGGUUCUGUUGCCGAUAGAGAAAAACCCUCUUUCCGUUCCCUGUAAUGAGUGCAGGCACUGUGGAGAGUGGGGAAAGCCCUAACCCAGUCACCAGGACAUCUGGACACACACACCCGAGGCUUGUGGGCCUUUUGGUAUCAUCUGAACCCAUGCAAGUGACCUGAUCUUCCUGGGAACUGUGGGGAGAAUAGGCGAAGUCUCUCUUAUUAAGAACGGCCAAGAAUGUUCUAAGGCACUCUGGGAGCCCAUAGAAACAAGGACGAGGACCUUCCUUUGUCAGGCAACUUCCUGAUGACUUGGCCCCAGGUGGGAGGAGCAGUGAGUGUCAGCCUCCAAGUUCAGAGAUGUCACAAAUGGUACAGUUAAUUCUUCAGAUGAUUUUAAAAACAAA